UUAAUCAAGAGCAGGGACACAUUCACAAAACUUUGUGUGAUUUAGAGAAAAAAAAAAAGAGAGUAAAAAAAACAUGGAGGUAGUGAAACUAAGCCCGACUAAUGAGCACAUCAAAGAAACUUGGAUUCUUUCCAUGAAAGCUCAUAACCACGAAGAAGAUUAUGUCAAGAAAGCAUCGAUGGAUCUUUUGAUCGUUGCAUUUAAAGGGUCAAUGGAGGUCGACGAUUUCUACCAAGGUGAUCAUUUUGGCGAAACGAAUGUUGAUGACAAACUGUUUCCGUCUCUCCAGCGUCUCGCUGAGGGUCAACUUGCCAAAGUCAACGGACUAGCUCUUCAAAAAUUUAAGGAACUUUUGAACAAUGCCAAGUUUAAAUCAGAGGUGGAGGCAGCUAUAAAAAAAGGAAAAAAUAUCUUAUUGACUGGGCAUUCGUUUGGAGGUGCACUAGCAAGUCUUGCCACACUUUGGAUGCUUGAUCAAUACACAAGGAUACUAAAAAGCGAAAUUCAAAUCGGUUGUGUAACUUUCGGGUCUCCGCUAGUAGGUGACAAGACCCUCACCCACGCGGUCAGGAGGGAAAAAUGGGCGGGUCAUUUUACCAAUUUUGUUAUGGAGCAUGACAUUGUUCCUCGAAUGAUGCUAGCUCCAAAAACAUCCGUCGAAAAACAUCUACCCACAAUCUUCAAAUUCUUCAAACAAAAAGUCAAUUCCCUAACUACUAAAAAACCUAACAAACUAACCAGUAUUUUCAGCAAACCAAGAACUGAACCAGCCAUUGAUCAUGAUCAAUUGGUCGAUGAUAAAGAUCGUAAAGACGUUGAAGGUUUUUUUGAAAAUGUGUUGACAAAUGCAUCAACUGUUGCAAGUCAUGAUGCAUUUGAUCUUAUGGAACCUACAAACUCUCUAAUGGAGAAGUUAUCUAAUGACUUUGUAAAAAUCAGUCCUUACAGGCCUUUCGGUGUUUAUGUCUUCUGCACUCGAGGCGAGGGUCAAUCUACUACACCUAGACAACAACUGGUUGUAGAGAACCCGAAUGCUGCUCUACAGUUAUUGUUUUAUUUGUUGCAGUUACCCAAUGAAGACCAAAGUGUAGCUCAAUUUGCUCAUGAAAGUUUAACCGAAAAUUUUGGUUAUGAAGAAGAAGUGAACAAUAACGGAUUGCAGUUGGAAAACCGGGUUAAUCUGAAAGACCUUAAUGAUCACCUAUUGACAUCUAAGAGUACUCGUGGUGAUUCGAAAGCGCUGUUUGAACUGAAUGCAAGUGCGAAAUGGUGUUUGUUAGCAGUGGAAGAGGCCGAAAAGAGGAAGGUAAAAAACAUGGAUCAGAUUAAAAAAUCCAUGAAAAAUUACAACUCAAACGUAAAAGAAUCGACAACAAAGAUCAUUGAAGAUUUGUUAGGUGAGGUCAUGGAGUACAAAAACAAACGUAAUGAUGGAAGCGUUGAUUACUAUGAAGCUUUCAAGCUCCAAAACGAGCAUGAGGACUUUAAAGCUAACGUGAACCGUUUAGAGCAAGCUAAGAUAUGGGAUGUGAUUGUUGAAAUGGUGAGGCGAAAGGAUUUACCUGAUGAAUUUGAAGUGUGGGAUGAGUUAGUGGAAUUAGGGACUCGAUUCAGAAGGGUUUAUGAGCCGUUGGAUAUUGCAAAUUAUUAUCGGCACUUCAAAGGUGAUGAUACGGGAGCCAAGUAUAUGGUAGUGAGACCAAAGAGGUAUAAAUUUACACAAAGAUGGCAUCAACAUGCAAAUGUGACCGGGUUUGAGUUGGUUUCUGAGAGUAACUUUGUCGCAGAGGUUGAGGAACUUAUGAAUGAGGUCAUAAAACCGAAGAACAAGACAAUUGGGCAGGUUGAGAAUGAUUUAGAGAGCUUAAAGAAUAAGAUUAAGGGAUGGAAAUGUGAUGAGAAAAUAGCUAAAGAAUAUGUGUUUUGGGGAGAAUCUGUUCUCACCAAAUUGGAGAAAAAACUCGCGGAAGCUAAGCAGACUUGAUGGGUCCAGAACCCAAAGGCAUGGUCAUCAAGGCUAAACGAUUUGUGUGUGUUCUUAUUUGUUGUAUGUUUAAAUUAUUGUGUGUGAUGUAGUUUAACUUUAAACCUUUGAUUAUGUAAUAGUCGUCUUUAGAGUUUCAGAUCGGAGUCGCUAGAUGUAACGUUUUCAGUUUAAUAAAAUCUUAUGGUUCAAAGAAAAAGAUCCUUGGAAUGAUCAA